AACCAUUUUUUCUCUUCAACAGGUGACAACUUACAGUGAUAGUAGAACUAUCAGGGCUCUUGGUCGAAGGCGAUCUACAUGGUUGAAUAGGGCUGUACAGCGUGUUGGUUUUUUUGUGGCGUGUGAAACGUUUUUGGAAAUGCAUCAAAGGAUAUUGUGGUGAUUAAACACUGUGAAUGACGAUCGCAUAGUUCGUGUGUCUGAAGAUAGUGAAGCGAGAACUUCAAACUCAUUCCACUUCGUUUCGUAAAUUGAGAGGUAAUCCAAUUUCGUUGUGAAACUUGCUGCACUUACGCAGACAACUGAUUAUUAUGUCGGAGUACUAGCCUAUGGGAACUCGAAACUAAUAAUAGUAUACGAGACUUAAGUAUUUAAUUAUAUGUUUUUGAGACACGGCUUAUGCCACUAGAUUUCGUGCAAACUGUAGCAGUAGCUAGCAUUGAAACAAGAAUAUUUCACCUUUAGGAGUGGAUACUUGCGUAUGAAGAACUAUUGUAAGGGUAAAGUAACGUUCAAUUCGUGCUGCUGCAGCAGGUACUGGUAACAUCUGAAGUGUGGAGAGGUCGUCAUAGCGUGUAGAAGCACAAUUGAGAACUGGAAUUAUUGAUUUGCAACUGAAAACAUUGUUUGCGGUUAGGUCGGGAGUGUAAAAGAAGCUGUUUAAACAGUACAGAAUUGAAGACAGAGAGUAAUUGACAUAGAAGAUCGCUCUAGAGCGAUUGAAGAUGUGGUCUCAGACGGAAUGUGUCGCGUGUAGGUUGUGCGCUUCACAGAGGAGCAGCGGCCGGUCACCGCCUGCGUCCCCAGUCCGCGUGUGAUCCGCGCCGGCGCGCACGUGCCGCUUAACCCGCGCCAUGUCGUACAACUCCUCGUACCUGUGGGGCAACGACAGCGCGCCCGGAGGCUGGGGCGGCCGCUUCUUCUUCUCGUUCUACAGCGAGCUGGGCGAGCGGCGCGCCGCGGCGCUGGCCGAGGUGUGCCUGCUGUCGCUGACGCUGCUCGCGUCGCUGGUGGCGAACGCGGGCAUCGCAGCCGCCGUGCUGCGCUACCGCGAGCUGCGCACCGUCACCAACUGCUUCCUGCUCAACCUGGCCGCCGCCGACGUCGUCUUCGCGCUCGGCAUCCCCGCCGUCGCCAUGUCGCGCCUGCAGCGCGGCUGGCAGCUGGGCGACGGCGUCUGCCGCGCGCUCCCCUACUCGCAGUUCGUGUGCGGCUUCGUGCUGCUAUGGACGCUGACGCUCAUCUCGAUGGACCGGCACCGCUGCAUCGUGGUGCCGCCGUACCGGUCGCGCCUCACGCCGCGGCUCGCCUCGCUGCUCACGGCCGCCACCUGGCUGCUCGCCGCCGUGCUCUUCCUGCCCGUCGCCUUCUGGUUCCGAGAGCAGCCGGUGGAGGCGGAGGGCGGGGAGCAGCUGUCGGUGUGCACGCUGGUGUUCCCGCGCUCGGACACUGUCAACCUGUCGCUGUGCUUCACGGUGCCGGUGCUGAUCGUAGCCUGCCUGCUCCCCAUGGGCCUCCUCGUCUAUCACUACCAGCGCAUCUUCAACAAGCUGCUGGCCUCCCGCAGCCGCUGGGCCGUGCCGUGCGUCGCCAGCUCCGGCGGAGGCGGCGGGGGCGUCAACGUGGCACCCGACUGCGACUCGUCGGGCACUCCCACAGCCACCAACAAUAACAACAACAAUAACAACAACAGCGCGCAGGCGCUGCGGCGCGACAGCGACCUGAGCUUUGUGGGCAGCCUGAUGAUGCCGUGGGCGCGCAAGGUGUCGGGCGCGAGCCAGGCGUCGGGCGGCGGCGUGGGCGGGCACCAGGCGCGCGCCGGCUCGCUGUCGCAGCACGAGGAGCUGCGCCUCAGCAAGCACCUGCGCGUGGUGCGCGUGCUGCUGCUGAAUGUGCUGGUCGUGCUGCUCAUGUGGCUGCCCAUCACCAUCAUGAUGUUCCUCAUCUACGUGGACGGCAGCCGCCCCAACGAGGACACCGCCUUCUUCCUGCGCUCCCACCACUUCGUAUGGUCGCUGCUCGUCGCGCUGCUCAACACCGUGGUAAACCCGCUGCUGUACGGCGUCCUCUCCGAGAACUUCCGCGCCUGCUUCGCCAGGAUGUGGCUGGGCGGCCGCGGCCGGCGCCGGCGGCAGCGCGAGCUGAUGCGCGGCUGCGGGGGCGGCGGUGGCGGCGGCGGCUGCGGGGGCAGCAAGUCCAACGCCGCAGACGCCUUCGGCGGCAUCGCCAACCGGACGCCCAGCAGCGGCCGCGCCAACGGCUACGUCACAGCGUCGGGUGCCAAGUUCGCCAAGAAGAUGAGCGGCUGCAGCAUCGGCUCGGUGCUGGAGCUGCCGAGCGGGCAGAUGGUCUGAGUUUCGUGAUGGUCGCACCGCUGGUGCAGCGUCUCCAACGCACUGUCGGCGGAAUCUCCGAAUUUGUCGCUCACUGUAGACGUGUCGGUAAUAGCCGUCAGAUAAAGGGCCUACCACGGAGGCUUUCUGCAUAGAGGAGUUCUAAGCACGAACGAGGUGCAAUUAUCUUUUCAGUGGCCUCGCUUAGCUCAGGAUAUAGGCACUUUCCAACUGUGAAGCUGAAAGCCGCCUUCUCCAUCUACGCAGUGACACAGCAUAGCUCUGACUGCGCCAGCUAUCUAGAUUCUAGAGCUCUUAAGUUCUACGAAAAAUAGGUGUAGCACAAGCAGGACAUAUUCUAUGCUCCAAAUGUAUUGUGUUUGCGGCCACCUCGAAUGAAAUCUGUCAUUCAUUAAUUGUGUCUGUAAGAGAGAAAGCAGGGAAAGAACAAAUUUUUAAUUGCUAGUCUCCGAUAGACUGGAGCUCAAAAGAGGCAAAUAUCCAGAUGAGAUUUAAACCCGGCACAGAAUUUGAAUCUGACAUUAAUUUCGGUCGGAUGUGCUCACAUCUCACUUUCGUUCUUCCUAGUCGGGGAAAAAUCUAAAACUUGGUUUAUUGGAAUUUUGUUUCUUCUUGCACAAACGUAUUUGAAAAUCAUGUUGCACCAAGUUCCGGUUAAGAGUUACCAAAAAGUGGAGAUAUUGUUCCAGUUACGUGCGAGCCGGUCAGUUUCUCAUUAAAUCUUCAACGCUGGCAUUGUCAACUUACAGCAACAUCUACCGGCCUUUUACAACGUAAGCCGACACUACAUGCUGCAAUAUAGAUUUAAUCAACUACUGUGCUGUUACAUUUUCGCUGUACCGCACUUCAAUUAACUGAGCUGUAAAUACCAGAGAGAGAAUCUGCGAGAAACGUGUCGUUGGAACGGCGAAUAGUCUGAAUUGAAAUUCAGAAUAAAAUUAUUCUCCACGGCAGAAAAGUGUUGUUGCUUGAUGUAGAAUCCGCCGAAGUUUCAGGCAGCCUCACAGCACAUUAUUACAAAGACGAAGGAAUGAAAAUUUCUAUCAGAUGUUGUGCGAUAAGGCGAGGUUUAGUUCGCACUGUCACCACAAAUCAAGGUUAAAAAUCAACCGUAGUUGAAAAAUGCGACUAAGAAGCAGCUCCGGAGUAAUCUUACACAGCCCAUAUUGUUGAACGAAUGUCACCGUAUGACACCUGUUUAUGGGAGAGUGCAGUAGAAAAGAAUAAAUUUACCAAUUCGGCGUACAGAGUAAGUACUCAAGCCGCUAUAAUUACAUUUGAGAGUGUCGGGUUUGAUAUCCAUUUUCAGUUACCCAGAUACAUUCUGUGCUUUCCCUAAACCGUUUGAGGCAAAUGAUCGGAUGGUUCCGUUAAACAGAGGCGGCAGAUUCAAUUCCCUGUGCUUUUCCAAUUCGGGCUUGUCCUUUAACGAGACAUACCUUGAUGGGAUACACAACCAGUUCAGCAGAAGCGUUGUUAUAGGAGUUAUCUGUAGGCCUGGAUAUUUGACUACGCGCUCCUGGCGCUUAGUUCCAGCCCUUCUGCCUUCGGCGCCGCCUCAUACCGGCUUGUGAUACUGACAGUGUCCACGGGUGUUCACUUCCGAUGCCGCAACGCAAACGCGCGCAGAAGAGGUCCGAUCGCCGGAGAGAGGAAGUGGAGAGCAAGAGCGUGCUGUCCCGACCUUCGUCGGCGCUGCGCGUCUAUAAUUAGCCGUUCUGUGGCUCUCUGCCGGACGAGAAGAUGCCGUAAAACGGCGGGACGCCCACGACAACACAAGCGCCGCCGACUGGAGCGUCGGCUUACAGCUUAGGGAACGCUCGUUCUGCCGGUGCACGCGACAACUGGCGUGGCGGCAGAAGUGGCGACGCAGAAGACCAAAAAUACCGGAGUCUUUUAGGCUCGCAGCCGCGCGGAAGGACACGCGCAGCUCGUCGCGGAGCGACCUCUGUGGCACUCGAUAGAGCGCCACGCUGCAGGUGGCUUCAGUCCAUUAAAGUCGCCCCGCGCUGAAAGUCACGUCACGUAACCUCAGCGGUCUCUUCUCUCUCCCGCCUCAACUACCAGAGGCCGCAUUUACGACAUGCAUCCGUUGUUGCGCGCAUGCGUAGCGAACUACACGCACCACCCCCGAUACAUAUUUCUUGCAGGAAUCUACGUGACAUAUUGCGUGUUUCUCAUCUCUGCGGACACAUUUUCUGCUGUCUUCAUUGGACAAGGGGGAAACAUUUCGAACAGGCCACUCCAGUGAAGUACUUUUCCUAAUUUCCUGCGAGUGCUCUCAGAAGAUAGGUGAAGCUGUACCACGUUAAAAAAAAAAAGAAAAAAGAAAUUUUCGUUCUCAUAGUGUGAGACAAUGUUAUCCUGAGUAAUUAC